CUCAUGCCAAUUCCAUUAAAUACACAAAACACCUCCGACGGGGCGGUCUCUUCUCUGUGUCCGUGACUUUGUGAGAGAUGGCUUCCAGGAAUGGCACCAAAGUCAUAAUCUUUCUUGGAGUUCUUCUAGUCUUGCAACCCCGGAUUGCUCUGAGCGACUGCUUAUCCCCUCUGCUCUCUCCUGCCUUAGAUAAUGUGUGCAAAGAUGUGGAAUGUGGAAAAGGAACUUGCAAACCGUCAAUUAAUAGUACUUUCUUGUUCGAAUGUGAAUGCGCCCUUGGGUGGAAGCAGACUCUUUCUGGCCAUGAUGAUCACCUAAAGUUUCUUCCUUGCGUGGUUCCCAACUGUACACUCAAUUCCUCCUGCAAGAAAGCCCCCCCACCUGUUCAGCAGAAAGCAAGCAAAGCUAAUGAGUCAAUAUUUGAUCCCUGCCGCUGGACCGACUGUGGAGGUGGCGUCUGCAACAAGACAUCAAUUUUCACAUAUAGUUGUGAUUGUGCAGAGGGCUAUUAUAAUCUCCUCAAUGUUACUGCCUUGCCAUGUUACGAAGAAUGUGCAAUUGGAAUGGAGUGUGCAAACCUUGGAAUUUCAACGUCAAACAAAUCUACAUCUCCCACAUCAGCGUUGACUAACAAUGACGGUAGCCAAGCCACAUCAAUUCUACAAGGAAAUUCUCUUUGGUUGAUGAUCCUGACGAUGAUGGUAGCUAUGGUUAAGUGGAAAUAAGAUAACUUUAAGCAUAUUCACAAGGUUUCUUGCCCUGCAUUCCACUUAUGUUUAGAUCUCGUUAUCAUGCAUGAAUUUUGUUUUCCAGUUGAGGUCUGCCGCAUGCUCUUGCUGGUCGGUGUAUUUGUAUGUGUGUAGAAAUAAAUUACAACGUAAAUUCAGGGAGGAGUCUAUUGAGUAGCUAUUACUUGGAAUUUAUAUAUAUGUAUUCAGGUCUUAUUCAUAAUUUCUGUACAUUAACUAUGAAUAGCUAUUACUGCAUUAUGCUUGUUGGCUUUCUUGAACA